AUGCGUGUCACCUGGAUCAUAGCGCUAUUGCUGAUGUGGAACGCGCGACGUAAGGUCUGCUCAGGCGAGAUUACAGUGAAAGCAACAACGACCCAUUGCUACUCACCGAUUUUUUUGAUGUACGAGGAAAUGAUGAACUCGUACCUUGAAGGCUAUCAAUCGCUGACGACCAUCAUCGGGGACGAUCUGGUGGACAAUGCCAUCAUCGAGGCGUUCAAAUGUCCUCGCGAAACCACAUUCCAUGCGUCCUACAAACUGUACACGGUGCAGACGUACUUUGCGGCUGUCAAGCGCGAUCAAGCCAUCCCACGAUUCGGAUACAACUUGAACCCUUACCCACACUGGGAAGCGUUUCACUGCGAGGCCAACGUGUCGAUGGUGACAAAUCAGAUCCUGCCGGCCAUCGCGUUUCGGAAUCCAAUCGCCCGGAUCGUGCUUCUCGUGCGUGGCAUUCGCCGGGAAGAGAUGAUGGCGCUUUUCCAGAGCGCGUGGACCGACUUCAAGAUGGUGGACCUGUUGAUAUUGAGCCGCAUCGACCACCUAACACUGUUGGUGUGUUUGUUCAACCCGUAUCUGACGCGAGCUGGUGAAGCACUGGACGACCGGAAUAUGCACUGCUAUCAACUGCAAACUAUGGACGACGUGUGGCUGUUUAGUGUUGACGUGAAGCGGUUCAUCCGAGAGCGGUCUACUAACCUACACCUGCACACGCUGAAGGUGGCCAUCACCGAUGUGGAGUUGAUGUCGAAGGCGAUGCACUAUCCGAAUGGAACCAUUCGCCGCUAUCAAUACCUGGACGGUGAGAUGGUGGAGAUAAUGCGCCGCUGGAUGAACUUCACGGUGGAAUACAUCGAGCUGAACUACCAGGAGUCGGUUGGGUUCACAUCCUCGAACGGUAGCUUGGGUGGAACGUUAGACAUGCUCGAGCGGAACGCAAUCGAUCUGGCUGCUAACUCUCGCUCCAUAAUGCCCCAUCCGAUGCGCAACCUGCAGUACGUGCAUUUCCUGUGCCCGAUCCGGUUGAUCUUCGUGGUACCCAUCAACUACUACAGCGAUCGGUACAAGUUCGUCUUCUUCCAUCCGUUCUCGAUGCAGAUGUACUCGGUGAACCUAGCGUUGGCCGUGCUGUUGCCGUUGCUGUUGCUCGCGUUGAUGCGCCGUCCAUUUUCGAUGGCGGCCUACUCGCGGGAAGCCUUCCGAACAUUGGCGAUCGUCUUCUCAUCCAGUAUCGCUUUGCCUCAGGCUCAUCAGCACCGGCUCGUUCUGAUGGGCCUAAUGUUUUACAGCAUCGUGGCGUACUCGGCCUGGCAGGGUGUCACGAUCGUGCAACUCAACCUAGACGACGAGAAGUUGCGUAAUAUCCUGUCACUUGACGAGCUGCUCGCGUCCAACCUGAAGCUGAAGACGAUCCUAUCGUUUGGGAAUGCGAUCCGGGGCGAGAUCUGGACGGGAAGUGACGUGAGGGGUAGGAUCGCGGCCAGAAUUGAGGUACAACAGACUCCGUCGAACGUGAGUCUUAUCCCGGAGGUGGCAGACAACCGUACGAGUGCCGUACCGAUCAUCGAGUACUUCACGGAGGUGGUAAAAUCGCGCUAUUUCGAUCACACCCGCAAACAGAGCAAGCUGUACUUCAUCCAACAGCCGCUCGUGGAGUACCUGACAGCGAUGGCAUUGCCCAAGAACUCGCCCCUUUUCCCCACGGUGCGCUAUCUGACGAUGGGUUGCCUCGAGAAUGGUGUAGUCAACUACCAACUGUCGCUGAUCCGCCAGAAGGGUGUACUGCUGCAGAUCGCGCAGAAUCGCAACAAAACGAUGCGAGAUGAACCACCGGCACGGCGUGUGAACCUUUUUAACAUGCGCAUCGUGUUCUACGUGUACAUCGGCAUGAAUGGGACCGCCAUUUUGGUGUUUCUGUUGGAGUUGGGUUAUCAUCGGUAUCGACGUAAGCGCGAGAUGCAGCAGUUGGUGAGGGAACGCGAGCGACGUGUUCGCGUGCAGUGGUUCUACGUUGAGUGA